UCUACCCUCGCGCAUAUGGCUGAAGCUCUUGCCAUUAUCCCUCUUUGCUGGGAAGCUAUAAAAUUGGGCAAAUCCCUUAUGCCUAAGGCGAAGGCCGCCAGUCACUAUGUCAACGAAGUCAGAGACUUAAGGACGAAGUACGGAGUACAAGCAUUCAAACUACGCUUUGAAUGCGACAAAGUCAUAAUAAAAGCAUCGAAGGAAGCUGAAAGUGCAGAUACCUUUUCACAAGACUUCACCCUUUCCUCUCUAUCGUCGUCAGAUUUAGAAAGUCGACUUGAUGCCUACCUUGGAUACUCUCGAGAACUCUUUAUAGCCACAUUGGAAGAUGCCUGCCAGAAAUUAAAAGGUUUCGAGGAAUUCUUCAGUCGAUUUGAUGUUACUGAUGAUCACGGAAAAGAAGGCGGCUCAGUUGCCCACCGGACUCAAAAUCGAAUUGACGUUGCCACCAAUCUAAAAGGAAAGGAGAAGGAUCUUGAGAGUCUCAAGGGACUAGUUGAAACCCUACGGGACCUUCGAAAUAUAGCUGAUGAAGAACAACUCCAGCGAUUAGUGCCUACGAAGUCUGCAUGUCUGCCUACCCAUUACAAACAGACCAGAGACGCUUCGGCGUCCUUGUACCAAGUCUUGACAAGAAAAUGGUCAUGUUCUAAUCCUGAACACUUCGGACACACAGCAAAACUAGUUUUGCCUUGGGAAAACAGGUGGGAUCAACAUGCUUGCCUCGACAUUCUCGUUCACAAUGAAGUUCAAAAUGACACGGGUGAACUGUAAGUUGUUCUUUUUCUCUAGGAAGU